AUGAGGAAUCACACAUUUGCUUCCGGUAAAGGAUGCUCUCAACCAUCGGAAACAUCCCCUUUGCUCGGCGACAAUGAAAACUCCAAACCGCCUAGUGGAGAGUAUGUUGUCGAACGCCAUGAUGAGGAGGAUGUGGGCCACAAUGGGAUCGAUGCAGCUCGCGAGGCCCAAUUCACCGGCCCCCCAGACGCACAGAAGAAAUUAAAAUAUAUCGUGCCAGCUAUUUCGAUUGGGGUGUUCCUUGGCGCAGCGGACCAAACUAUCAUUGUGUCCAGCUAUGGGAAAAUUGGAAGCGACCUGAAGGCUUUGAACCUGACCAGUUGGAUUGCAACUUCGUAUUUUCUGACCCUGACCUCCUUCCAGCCUCUCUACGGCCGUCUGAGUGACAUAUUCGGCCGUAAAACAUGUCUUCUAUUUGCCUAUUGUGUCUUUGGGGUUGGGUGUGUGGCCUGCGGACUUGCGAGGAAUAUUGGGGAGUUGAUUGCGGCCAGAGUAUUCCAAGGUCUUGGAGGCGGGGGAAUGUCGACUGUCGUGAGCAUUAUUAUGAGCGAAGUUGUUCCCCUCCGCGACCGAGGUGUCUGGCAAGGUGUCAUUAACAUCAUAUGGGCGACUGGGAGUGCGAUUGGGGCACCUCUGGGCGGCAUUUUGGCUGAUUACAUUGGCUGGCGUUGUUCCACUACAGGGCGUUCAUUCUGCAGGCACCUUUAUGUCUUCUGGCAUUUAUAUCUGUUGCGUUUACAUUACAUCUCCCUGCGCAAGAGAACAUCUGAGCCUUUUGCGCCGAGCCAUAUCAUCUUUGAUCGGAAUCUGUUUGCCUGCUAUGCAUGCAACUUUUUCAGUUUCGCCGGAUAUACGGGUGUUCUAUUUUACUUUCCUCUAUAUUUCCAGGCUACAGAUGGUGUUUCUGCCACUGGAGCAGGCCUCAGACUUCUUCCCUCCAUCAUAGCUGGUGUCAUUGGUUCACUGUUUGGCGGCAUCGUAAUGAAGAACACGGGCAAAUAUUUCUGGCUCACCUUUGCAGCCUAUGUUCUUCUACCUAUCGGAAUUGUCAACAUAUUCCUUUGGUCUGGUGGCUUCGUUCGUAACACUGUCGGAAUCAUCACUGGCAUAACCAUAGCUGCAUUGGGAAGCGGAACUGGAAUUACCACUACGCUGAUUGCUUUGAUCGCGUGCUCAUCUCCACAGGACCUAGCAGUAGCAACCGCAUGCUCUUAUCUUUUUCGAUCACUCGGAUCAGUAAUAGGACUUUCGUUCGCAUCUACAAUCGUCCAGCAGUCCUUACGAAGUGGCCUGCGCUCUGCUCUCGGUGACAAUAAGGAUAUCGACAAGAUUGUUAACGGCGUACGCCAAAGCCUAGAUUUUAUCAAUACCCUGGAUCCACAGACCAGUAGAAUCGUGAGAGAUUGUUAUGGAAUCGCCACGAAUCAUGCAUUUGGCCUUUCGAUCGUCGUUGUCUUUUUUACGACGAUCUCUGCACUUUUCAUCCGGGAAAAAGCUCUCAGUCGUUGA